AUCCAACUCAUACCCCUCUUCCCUUUUCGAUCUCUCUCUCUCUCUCUCUCUCUCUCUCUCUCUCUCUCAAAAUUCAUUCUGUUUCUCUCUCAGAGACACACCACCAAAAAUGGACAACAGUUGCACAGACGAGAGCACAACGACCGACUCUCGAUCAACCACACCCCAACCGCUGUUCCCUCAGCCGGCGACGACGACGUCGCCGAAUCAGAGCCUGUGCCGCGUCGGGAGCGGCGCGAGCGUAAUCCUCGACACCGACGGCGGCGUCGAGGCCGAGUCCCGAAAACUCCCCUCGUCGCGCUUCAAAGGCGUGGUCCCCCAGCCCAACGGGCGCUGGGGGGCCCAGAUUUACGAGAAGCACCAGCGGGUCUGGCUGGGCACCUUCAACUUGGAAGACGAGGCCGCCAGGGCCUACGACGUCGCGGCCCAGCGCUUUCGCGGCCGCGAAGCCGUCACGAACUUCAAGUCGGAAACUGCUACAGCAGUUUCUGAAAACGACGACGUGGAGGCCGCGUUCUUGAGCUCCCACUCCAAGGCCGAGGUCGUGGACAUGCUCAGGAAGCACACGUACAACGACGAGCUGGAGCAGAGCAGGCGGAAUUACGACGGAAACGGAAAAUGCCAAAACAAGGACAGGGUUGUAAAUUCGCUGGGCGGGCCCACCUGCUCGGCCGAAGGAGCGACCGAGCAGCUGUUCGAGAAGGCGGUGACGCCCAGCGACGUCGGGAAGCUGAACCGGCUGGUGAUACCGAAGCAGCACGCGGAGAAGCACUUCCCCUUGCAGAACGGGAGCGUCUCGAAGGGGGUCCUGCUGAACUUCAAGGAUGCGGCCGGGAAAGUGUGGAGGUUCCGGUACUCGUACUGGAACAGCAGCCAGAGCUACGUGCUGACCAAGGGGUGGAGCCGUUUCGUGAAGGAGAAGAGCCUGAAAGCAGGAGAUGUCGUGAGCUUUCACCGGUCCACCGGUUCGGACAAGCAGCUCUUCAUCGGUUGGAAGUCCCGGGACGGGCCGGCUGUGGCCGGGUUACUGAUCCCGGUCCGGCCAGUUCAAAUGGUUAGACUGUUUGGGGUCAAUAUAUUUAGUGGUGGUGUUGAUACCAAUGGUAGUUGUGGGGAGAAUAAGAGGAUUAGGGAGAUGGAGUUUUUAGAUUUUGAGUGUAGUAAGAAGCCGAGGGUAAUUGGAGCUUUGUAACAUUUUUUUUUUCUUGUUGUUUGUUGAGGUAGGAAGGGGGAGGGAAUUGGACCACCGAAUAGUUUGGCCGGUCGUUAACUUUAGGGUUUUGAAACCUGUUGAGAUACGCGCGCAAACAGCCCGGACAUCCGGUUAUGAAAAGAAUGAAAAGGAAGGGGGAGCGAAGGUGGGAGGGGGCGGUGGUGUAGCAAGUGGCAAAGUAGAAUUGUAAAUUGUUUUUAAUGUUUAGACAGAGAAGCAGUAGAAGAGAUAGACCAGCUCCUCAUGAACCUUUUAGGUAAAAGAACAAAUGGGAAAAAUAAAAAGCUGAGAAACAAAAGUAAAGAAGGAUCAAUUUGUUCUGCAGUUCA